AUGAAGAAUGCCAUUUGUAUUCAGUCUCCUUAUGGAAACCAGCUGUGGUGCCCUAGCCAGUCUCUAUGGAGCUUGAUCACUGAUCAUGUUCCUGGGUCGGAGCUGCCGAAGGUCUGUACAGCACUGGGCCACUCCCUGGUUGACAUGUACAAAGAUGUGCACAUUGAGGCGGAGAUGUGGUACAAGAUGUGGCAGGAGAGCCAUCAGGGAAACAUUGGCAGCAGGGCGGAGACCCCACUACAACAUCCAAGAGGAUCCUUUCUCCCAGACCCGCCUGCAGUCAAAGAGCUGCUGAGAGCAGAGGUCAAGAUGUUACUGCAGACUCUCAGUGAGAGGGCUGGCAAGGAGGGAAUAGACGAUGAAGAGCUCUUGUUUCGGUACAAACCUGAGACAGUGGACUACGCCCUGGGUCACCUUAACAGCUGUCAAACACUCUGUAUCGACUCUGCAGAUUCUGAUUGUGGAAGCAGACCGAGCUCUCAUUGUUCGGUCCGGUCCAGUGCUGCUGAUGAGGUCCAGUCCAUGAGAGACAAGCUGAAUGUCACUGACAUUGACCAAGUGGUGGAUCGACUCAGUCUGGAAGUCUGUCCUAAUGGAGGAGUGUGGAGAGUUGAAAAGACUGGUAAAGUAUUUGAAGGGGAUGAUGUUAAUGCUGUGCUGUGCAAAGCAUCACUGGCCAUGAUAACUUACCAUCGCUGCGAGGAUGGAUACUGA